AUGCAUACCAAACAGGCUCUCGCUCUGGGCGUUGCAGCCUUCUCCACCUUGGCAUUAGCCUCACCAGUCACACUCAACCUUACCACCGAAGGCCUGAUUAAGCGGGGUCUGUCCGAAGUCAUCUGUGGCUUCUAUCCCAGCGCUUCGGAAGAUCUCGGUUACGUUUGCAAUGACCAGGACGUCAUGCUUUUUGUUCCUAUGAACGAAGUGCUCGACAACCUCAUAUAUCUGGCAGAGGUCUGCGUGGACUAUCACCUGGUCGACAUUGGUCCGCCCGGCGGCACUGGCCUGAUGGCAGGUACCAAUAUGCCUGGCUCUGGACGUGUGCGAGUGACCGACAGGGACGGAUACAAUGUCAAUAUCGGAUACUGCAACGGCAACGAUGGGGAUGACGUCAGCCCAAGCGCUUACGGCUGGCCAGGUCCUAAUGGCGAGCCUUGGCUCCAGUGCGGCAAAGAUGGCCAGGUCCCAUGCCCAGGUACCGGAUGCAUCGAGGGGAGUCUUGUGGUAGAGAGCCAGGAAGCGAUCGCGUGCCAGGAUUACCUCGGUGCUGGAUACAUCGGAGUAGGCGCGACCUACAUUUAUAGCUCGACCAGACAGGUUGGAACCACGUGGACAGUGGGCGGCUUCCUGAGCAUUGACACCAGCGACCUCGCUCCGGUCUCCGUGCAAGCCGACUUCUUCGCCUCCUUUGCGGAGACAACGACCAUAGGCUCGUCGACCGGAGUCGGCGAUACCUGCGGCUCCGAAGACGCAGAGGGCGACUAUACGUGCGGUCUGCACAUCCGCCCUCAGUGUUACGCCAUGACAGGCUACUGUGACACGGAGGCCACUGGGCGGGUCCCAUGGGCAAACGUCGUCCCGCAAACGUCGUCCGAUGGCGUCGGUGUCUUUACGUCUGAGAUCUGCAUAUGUGAAAACUGUCCGGGUUUUGACGACACUAUCGACCUCGAAACUGCGCCGGAUGCGGUGUGCCACCUGCCAUGCGCUGGAUGCAUGCCUUGA